UAAUUAGAUUAUCAAAUUGAACAAAUUGAAACUAUUCGAAAUUCAAUAGUAUUGUUAUGUUCCCGUAUCCUGGCAACCAACACUGAAGUCCUUACUCGAUUUGCUAGUUAAAGUGUACUGUACACAUUUUUUUAUUAGCUAACCAUCAAUACUUUUUUUUUAAACUAGAUUAAAUGUUUUGCAAAUUAAAAUUAUAGUAUUGCUCUUCUAAAACAUUAUGUAUAUUUUUGAAAUUUAAUUAAUUCAAUUUUAAAUUCGAUUCUAGAAUGACUCCUAAAAUAUAAUGAUAACCCUAAUAAAUCUAAAAAAAGAUAAAUAAACAAUAAUCAUGUCAGGAAGAGGAUUUUGCAUUAAAGUAGAAAUUGAUUUACAUGCUGUAAGUAUUUUCAUUUCUGAAUUUUCAUCUCUUCUAAUUAUUAAAUUAUCAAUUAAAAUUAAUUUUCUUCUGCAAAUUUUAAGUUUAAAUUUUUCUUUUCAGAUCACGUGUCCUGGAGUUUGGCUCUGUCCUAAUGGCAAAGUGGCACUUCGCAUAAAUACUUUAAAGUCGUCUAUUGAAUCUCAUCGAAUUUCGCCAAUUUUUCCAUUAUUAUUUCAUGAUAAAUUUACCUUUAAAAUGGUCUUUCGCGGAGUUACUUCCCUUGCCGCUUUGCAAUGUAGUUUAGAGGAUGAAUUUUUCUAUGCAGAAUUAUUGCAAUGGACCGAAAAUUCCACUGGAUUUGUGAUUUUAUCGACGUUUGAAACAAAUUUAGCUGAUUUAUUAUAUCCUUCAUCUUGCUUUAAAGGAUUGCUUGCUGGUGUUGAUGUUGAUUUGUUGAUGGAGCCCACCAAAUUUUUUCCCGGUAUUUUGGCUCCAAAAAUAGAAGUUUCAACAAAAACAAUGGUGGAAGAAAUUGUUGGAAUUUGUGAUUCGAAUGCAACAGGAGCAUUCGUUAUGAAUCCGAAAGUAAUUCAUUCCAAGAAUGCAUCCAAUAUUAAUCGGAAACAGCCUACAAAGGGAAUUAUUAGACAAAGAAAAGUUUGUCAUAGUAAAGGAAAAGCUAAAUAUCAACCUUGUCAUUCAUGUAAAAAAGUAACAAGGCUAAAAGUUGCAAGAUCUUGUUCUCCAGUGUCAUCUGAUCGUAAUACUGAAUCACCGUUUGAAUGUUAUCAUAAACAAUCGAAAAUAUCCAAUUCUAGUUGUGCUAAAUCUCAAAAAAAUUGUCUUAAUCGAGAAAAUCAUAAAUUUGAAAAUUGUCCCGUUUGCUCAAAAUAUAAUUGUUAUUUUUCUGAAAAUUCAUAUGAAAAAGAAGAUUUCUGUUGUAAUAAAUGUGAGAACAAGAAAAUAAUUAAUUCCCCCGUAAAAACUCAUGAAGCAAUAAAUUCACAAUUAGAAAAAGAAAAUAAUUACGAAUUUCGACCUAAAAGUGUUCCUUCAUUAAAAGAUCCAGGAAAUUCAAUUUUAAGAGAUAGAAUACAUCAUCUUCAAAAAGCAAAAGAAAAAUUCUCUAAUGACACUUGCAUUGCAGACAGCGCCUGUGUUUGUGAUCCAUCUUAUGAUUAUUGUGAUCACAAUAGACCAGCAUUUUAUAAAAAUUUAGAAAAAUUUUAUAAAAGAAUGUAUAAACAAGCAAAACUACGUGCUGAACAAAUGGAUUGUUAUUGAGAUUUUAUCAAUCUUUGCUGGAUGAAUAAUUUACAUUAAUUUUUUGAAGAAUUUUCGUUUUAUUAUAU